AUGGACUGUUUUUUAACCUAUAAUCUUUCAUGUAUUAAUGGUACAUAUACUCAAUUUAAUUCAUCAUCAAUUAUAUUCGGAGAUGCACUUCAUCCAAAUCUUAUAGCUAUUGGCGAUAAUUCAAAUACUGAAUUAACUACAUCAACAAUUCAACCAAUUUCAUCAUCAAUUUUUAUAUCUUUACAACAUUGUAUUAUAACAGUUAUUAUUCUUGGUGCAAUUAUUUUAUCAACAAUAACGGGAAAUAUAUUAGUUAUUGCUGCUAUUAUUUUAGAAAAAAGUUUACAUGCAGUUGCUUAUUAUCUUUUUGUAUCAUUAGCUGUGACCGAUUUAAUGAUAGCUUCUAUAGUUAUGCCAAUUGCUGUUCUGAAAGAAGUGACACGUCACUGGGUGCUUGGUACUGUUAUUUGCGAUAUCUGGGUUGCCAUUGAUUUAUUAUGUUGUACGGCUUCAAUUUUACAUCUUCUUGCUAUUGCACUUGAUCGUUAUUGGGCUAUUACUAAUUUGGAUUAUGCAACAAAACGAACACCUCUUCGAGUUCUUAUUUUAAUUUGUGUUGUAUGGGUAACUGCUAUACUUAUUUCAAGUUGUCAUUUAUUGCCUAUAUUUCGUGACAAACGUCGUCGUCCAGUAGAUCAAUGUCAUGUAACAGGCAAUGUACUUUAUACAAUAUUUUCAACUGUUGGAGCUUUUCAUAUUCCACUUAUUGGUAUGUGUAUAAUCUAUUGGAAAAUUUUUCAAGCAGCAAAAUUUCGUAUACGUCGAAAAGGAUUUAAUACAAAUCAACCAACAUCACCAACAUUACUUCAUCAAAAACAUGCAACAAUAUCAGCAUCACCUACAUUAACAUUGAGUAACAAUACAGAUUUAAGAAAAUCUGCUUUGAAUCGUAUAAAAUUUCUUAAAAAAAAUCAUUAUAUAAAUCAUCAUGCACAAGAUAUUGAACCUGAUAAGCAAUCUACAUGUUCAUUACCAGCAAAUCUUAAUACUGAUUAUCAAUUGAAACCGAUUAAAAAAUCAAAUACACCUUUAUUAAAAAAACAACUUAAAAAAAAAUGUGAUGUUGAACUUCAACAACAACAACAAACAAAUAAUUCUCGAUCAACAACAGGACAUUUAAAAACAACAUCAUUAUCAUUGCAUAAUGAUUUGCCUAUACAAGUUCACACAAUUAAAAAUCCAUUGGCAACAUCAAAUCUAUCAUCAUCAACAUCUUCGCGUAUUCAUGAUGCACAUAUAGUUGUAACUGAUACAAGUAAUGCACCUGUUACAAAAUCUUCUGCAGCAAUGUUACGAAAAAAAAUCGAUCUUAAACGUGAACGUAAAGCAACAAAAGUUCUUGGUGUUGUUAUGGGUUGUUUUAUAUUAUGUUGGUUACCUUUUUUUAUUGAAGAAACAAUAUGUGGAAUAUUUCGUUUAACAAUACAUGAAAAAAUCGUUAGUGUUUUAACAUGGUUAGGUUAUUUUAAUAGUCUUUUAAACCCUGUGAUUUAUACAAUAUUUGCACCUGAUUUUCGACAAGCAUUCGGAAAAAUUCUAUGCGGAAGAUAUCGUAAACGACGAUGA